AGCGUCGUGAGCCUGAGUCUCCUCCUGCCUUGCCUGUUUGCGCCAUUCGCACUGGUCGCCGUGUUCCUCGUCAGCGCCCUCCUCUUGUCCCCAGCACGCACACUAUGGCACUUCGUCCUUCCUCUGCUCCACAGCGUGUCCCUCUGCCGUCUCCUCCUGCGUCCUCUCUUGCUGACAAUCCGGACCCUGAGUCUGACUUAGUUCGUGCUGCCAGUCCUAAUGUCACACGUCUUCUAGCCAUUGUUGUCACUGACCCUUCGUUUGAGUCCGUUGCUGCGUCUGCCCUAGUUGCUAAGCUUGUUGAAUUUGCCGCCACCUGUCGUCCCGACUACGCCGCUAGUCUUGUUGCUGGGUCUGCAUCUGACUGUCCUCUGUCCGUCGGAGGUGAGUGUGCUCUUGGCACGGACGUCCUUGAGGACAGGCAAGAGGACUUUGAGUGUCUUGCAACUGCUGUACCUCAUCUCGUGGCCAUGCUGCUUGCACCUGAGGGAGACCCGGAUGCACCAGACAUCCCGACCCCGCACUCUUACGCAGAGGCGAUUACAAGUCCCUACUCCUCUUAG